UCUCGAAAUCGCUCAGAUCAAGUCGAGCGUGCCGAUAACGUGUUAGAGUAAAACGAGAUUGAAUAAAAGUGAAUGGACGAUCAGUCCUGUUUCUAUUGAUUCUCAAGUAUAUAUGCAUCCGGAACAGGUGCGAAGAAGAGGUGUCUGUUCGGAGGCAUCCAUCCAGAACAGGUGCCUGUAGGCAAUAGAGAGAAAGAGGAGACAUGACUGUUCGGGUUGGACACAUCCUUUGGCUAAUUAAUCUACUAAUUAAUUUCUAUCAAAAAACACGCGCGCGGUAAACACGAAUUUUAGCGCGCGCGGGACGAAAUCGCGUGCUUCAGCGGACGCGGCAAAAAAGCGUGCGCGAUAAACUAUUGCGCGCGUGCGGGAGAAAGCGGCCGGCCGCGCGUCAGAUUUGACGCACCGCUUUCAGCGCGUUAUAAAAUGCCGUGUCCUUCACAUGACUGUCCAUAGCCACGCGCCUCUUCCUCUGCCGCUCCCUUUGCCACCAUGCCGUCACGCCAUCAUGCAUCCUCGGGUUAUUGCGGCGUCCGCGAGCGCCCCUCCGGCACCUACUACGUCGAGAUCCGGUCCGGCGACGUUCACGUCGGCCUCGACACGUUCGAGACCGCGCACGAGGCCGCCCGCGCGUACGACACGGCGGCGUGGCGACUAGGAAGGCCUCGCGCGCAGAUGAACUUCCACAACGUCUACACGCGCGAGCAGGCGCAGGCCCUCGCCCCUCCCCCUCGUCUGAUCAUGGAGCAAGACCGUGCAGAGCACCGUCAACAGCAGCAGCGCCUGCUCGUCGCCGAGGAGGACGAGCGAGCCAUGGCGGAGUGGCGCCACGCCACCCGGAGGACGUCGCCGCCGAGAACGCCUUUUGGGCGGAGAGAACGGCAAGGCGUCGCGAGGAGCGGCAGGACAGGCGUCGGCGCAAGGACGAGCGAGCCAUGGCGGAGUGGCGCCGACGCCACCCGAAGGACGUCGCCGCCGAGAACGCCUUCUGGGCAGAGAAGACGGCAAGGCGUCGCGAGGAGCUGCAGGACAGGCGUCGGCGCAAGUUACUCGCUAUAUCACAGUGUGUGGCCUCAACAACGGUGAGACGUCCAUCUUCACUUCUGACGAUGAAUGUUGGGAAGGCGCAUGACUAUCCAUCUCGAACAACACCGACAGUGACGACUCAGAAUAGUUUUAUCUAUCUAUGAUAAUUUUAUUAUCGUGUUAGACUAGUUUUUUAUCUAUGUGUUGGAGUAGUUUAUUAUCUAUGUGUAAUAUAUUAUCUAUAUGUUUUAUGAUGUUGGUGUAACGAUAACGAUGAACUAUAUAUAGCAUGUUGGACAAGUUUUGGA